UUUUCCUGCCGGGAGCCAAGGGAACGGGACAGGACUCAACUUUGUCGGAGCCGCAGCUGUGGCAAGUUGCCCAUUUAAUUUGAUCUAACUCAUGUCUACCACUAACAGACAUGUAACCUUAAAAAAUUAUAACUUUUAAAUUUAUUAUUUUCAAUCGUAGGUUGCUGUGAGAGCUUCUUCUUUUUGAGUUGAGGAUUUUGUCCUUUCCUUUUAGUUAGUGUCUGUCUCUUGUGACAAUGAGAAUUAUCAAGGUUUUAUUUCUAUUUUAUUUUAAUUGGGAUCUUUUUUAAUCUAAAAGAAUAGAUCAGCACCCCUGGAUUCUGACUCUUCUUGCCCAAAUAACUGUAGAAACUUAUGUCACUCUUCUGUCUGAUUGUUAAACAUUUUUGAGAGUUUUCUUCUUACAUUUUUUUCACUCCUGUUUUUCUCCUGUGUCUGACCUCCCAUCCCUACUUUCUCUGUCUGUCUACAACCUCCACACCCCACGUUUGCCUCUGUAGGGCUACGGACCGAUCAUGGGGGACUGGAGCUUUCUGGGUAAUAUUUUAGAGGAAGUUAACGAGCACUCGACGGUGAUCGGCCGAGUGUGGCUAACAGUGCUCUUCAUUUUCCGUAUCCUCAUUCUGGGCACAGCGGCGGAGUUUGUGUGGGGGGAUGAGCAGUCCGAUUACGUCUGCAACACGCAGCAGCCUGGAUGUGAGAAUGUGUGCUACGAUGAGGCCUUCCCCAUCUCCCACAUCCGCCUGUGGGUGCUGCAAAUUAUCUUUGUGUCCACACCUUCUCUGGUGUACGUAGGCCAUGCCGUUCAUCAUGUUCAUAUGGAGGAGAAACGCAAGGAGCGCGAGGAGGCAGAACUCAGCAGGCAACAGGAGCUGAGCGAGGAGCGGCUUCCUCUGGCGCCCGAUCAGGGAAGUGUCCGAACGACAAAGGAAACAAGCACGAAGGGGAGCAAGAAAUUUCGACUGGAGGGCACGCUGCUAAGGACCUACAUCUGCCACAUCAUCUUCAAGACUCUAUUUGAGGUGGGCUUCGUUGUGGGCCAGUACUUCCUCUACGGCUUCCGUAUCUUGCCGCUGUACAAAUGCAGCCGCUGGCCCUGUCCCAACACCGUGGACUGCUUCGUGUCAAGACCGACCGAGAAAACCGUCUUCAUUAUCUUCAUGUUGGCAGUGGCUUGUGUCUCACUCUUCCUCAACUUUGUGGAGAUCAGUCACUUGGGUCUGAAGAAGAUUAGGUUCGUGUUUCGUAAGCCAACACCAGCUCCAGCCCAAUCUGAGGGCUCAACAUCUUUGUCACCACAGGUGAAGAACCUGUCGCCCCUGGGUGUAUCAUCCCUUCAGAGAGCAAAAGGUUACAAGCCCUUGGAGGAGGAGAAAGCCGUAGCCCACCUCUACCCCCUGUCCGAGGCGGGUAUGGAGGCUGGCAGAGCCACGCCACCUUUUGCACUAGAGGAGAAGGUGGAUGAGGUGUUACCCCUGGAGGAUAUGUCUAAGGUAUAUGAUGAGACUCUGCCCUCCUACGCCCAGACCACUGAAACAAGUGGGGUAAUACUACAGGAGGAGGACACUGUGGAGGUCCAUCCAGCUGAAGCAGACGGAAUGGGGGAGAAAGCUCUGGGUGGGGAGGUGGCGGUAGAGCAGGUGGGAGCAAAUAGGGAACAGGGAAGUCCAACAGAGUCCGGUAUGGAAGCUGCAGAUACGUUAGAAGACACCAGGCCACUGAGUAGACUCAGCAAAGCCAGCAGCAGGGCCAGGUCAGACGAUCUAACUGUAUGAACCUGAGACGAGGGGGGAAGAGAGAAGAAGAGGGGAAAGACAGGAGGGAGAUCCUUUCCACUGAAAGUCUUAGCCUUGACAGAAGUUUGAAUAGAAGGUAAAGCAAGAAGGAGUUGAUUUUUUCUUAAGUACGUAUGUGAGAAGCUAGAUCUGAAAAUAUUUUUGGAAGAUCUGGUACACAAACACCCCCAAACCAAGUUUUAUUGGCAGUUUAAGGAUUUAACCAGGAAUGUCCCACAACAGUUUUUAAAAACCCAUAAA